CCAAAUCUUUACCAUAGUCAUAAAUGGUAGGAUAGGAAUGUACAUGGAAACUAGGAAAAGAUUGAGGAAAUAUCAAAUGUAAUAUACCCUUUUUAGUGUGAGGCUUGAAGCCCAAAAAAAUGGAAGCAGAGGCUCUAAGAUCAAGUUUUUUUUCUGUUAUUAGUGAGAGUGUUGAUGUAGCAUAAGCAACCAAAGACUUUCAAAGAAGAAAUGUCAUAUGCAGUACCAUAUAAUUUUUCAAAAGGAGACUUAUUAUUAAGAAAUGGAGUUGGCAAACAAUUGAUGAGUAAAACAGCAUGCUGUAAAGCAAAAGACCAAAAGAUUGGUGGUAACUUGGACUGAAAAAGAAGGGCUCGAGUAACAUUUAAUAAAUGUUGAUGCUUUCUUUCCACAAUUCCAUUUUGUUGUAGGGUUUAAACACAGGAAGUCUGGUGUAUGAUACCAGUAUUAUGAUAAAACUAUUUCAUAAUAAAUUCUGGACCAUUGUCUGAUCGGAUAACUUUUACUUUUGUAUUGAAUUGCCUCUCAACAUAGGAAACAAAGGCUUGUAAAUGAGUUUGAGUCUCAGCUUUUGAAGUCAUUAUAAAAAUCCAAACAAAUCUAGUAUGAUCAUCCACAAUUCUCGUGCAAAAAUAAUGCUAGAAAAGGUUGCAAGGUGAAGGGGUGGGUGCUCAAAAGGGGACUCUGUAUGGGAAGGAAGAUCUUUGUGGCUUCUUUCGUAGCUUCUGCUGCCUCGGUUGUUGUUCCACCUCUUGUUGUUGCUUCUGCUAUUGGCAUGGCUCUUUCUAUGCCUUGUGUUAUUUUCUUGGCUAGCCAUGUUUGCACUCUGAGUUUAAUGAGUAAGUUGCUCCCUAGGCCUACUCCUCAUGAUACUUUGUUGCAUGAAGAGAUGUGUUUUCGGCCAGGUAAUGAUGUUAUACACACAUAUAAAGAGGUUGCUCCCUAGGCCUAUUACAUUGCCCAAUGAGAAGUUAGAUAAUAACAAUUUUGACUUUGAAAAUCAAGAAUCACAGUUGCAUGAAUUAAAUGAAGGGAUGUACCCGUUAGAUGCAGAAGCUAGAGAAAUUGCUAAUGAAAGUGCACUUGAUUUGUUUGAUGGAAACCAAAUAGACCAUGACGAGUAUGCAUACAUAAUUGAUUUAAAUGAAGGCUCUUCAAAUGUUGUAAGGCAUACAAAUUCUAUGCAGGUUCUUGUUUCGUCUGUAGAAAAAGAGUCAAGGCCAUAUAAAUGUUCCUCUGCAGAAAACCAUGUUUGCCCUUCUCAAGAGCUAUUGCAGGUUGUAUUGGGUGAAGAGAACAUAUGGAAAAAGAUGAAUAUGAUACGGAAGAUAGUAGGAUAUGAAGGUAGAAUGCAAGCAUCAUGUUCAGAUGAAUUAAAAGCUCUCUACAUGUUCACUGGAGUUGAGCCCCCAACUUGUUCUCUCGCUGAAAUCAAGGAGAAGCUCCACUUCCUUAUGUCCAUCCCUGGAAUUAAAUCGAAUGAUGCUUAGACAUGUCACACAUCUUUGUACUGUUUUUUACAUAUUUCCGUUAACAUGUAAUGUGUGUUCUUUUUAUUCUCCGUGGAUUUCCCUGGGGAUAUGGAGACCCAAGAAAAGGAAAGGAAAAUUAUUCAAAACUUUCUUCACUUGGGAUGGCCGCCAGUCUUUGAUUUUUAAUUUUUAAAUACAAUUUUCAAAA